ACGGAUUUUUCGUAGAAGCAGGAGCUCUUGAUGGAGAGACAAUGUCUAAUACUUUGACGCUGGAGAAGGAGCUCAAUUGGACAGGCCUGUUGGUUGAACCCGAUGAGCUUGACUUCAAGACACUGAAACUGAAAAACAGAAAGGCAUGGGCAGCCAACGUCUGCCUUUCACCCAACCCAUACCCCUCCAAGGAGAUGCUCACGCAGCACGUACACUACGCAGGUCCCAUGGCAAUAUCUUUGGGAUUUAAGAUGAGAGCCAUGCAUGGUUUGGCUUCUUUUUCUAGUCAAAAGAUGCUCGGAAACUCAUGGUUUGCAAAAGUGCAGUGUAUUCCCCUCGAAUCGAUGCUGACUGUUCUUCAUGUGACCCGCAUCGACCUCUUGGUUCUGGACAUCGAGGGGGCCGAGUUGGCUGUUCUUAAGCAUUUUGACUUGGCAAAGUUCGAUGUUCAGGUCAUUUUUAUGGAGUGGAAGCUCGUAAAUGAGCUAGACGAUAUUUCGAAGGAUUUCGAUAAAAGGGGAUACAAAGAGAUUGCCAGGCAUGCGGAGGACGUCAUCUUUGUCAAGAAGGGUUCACCAUACAUGCCAAAAGCCCCUCUACGACUGCCCGAGUUCAGUAAGGAGAGAGAAGAGCUCUUGAGAGAUGCCAGGAAGCUGAAGAAAUAGAUUUAGAUACUCGUAUAGGAAUGACACCAUAUAUAGUUUUUAUUCAAAUAUGAGAACGGUAUGAAAAGUGAUCUACAUUCAUGAAAGGGUAUUAGAUUUUCAUUCAUGGAAGGGUAUCAAAUUAAGUUGACAGCAUAUGGCAAAGAUGAAAGGUUAUUAGCAAGACAUGCUUCCAAAAACCUAAGAACAAAUAUGAAGUGAAAUAAACUGACAGAACGGUUAACCAAAAUAAAGUAAUAAUUAAAACUUUUAUGGAGAAUUUUAUGACCGGGGUGGAUGCUGGAAUCAUCUGUACUGAUAAUUUCGGGAACAUGUGGCAACGUUUUUGAUGUGCCUUAACUCAUCAUGAAAUGAAAAGACUUGUAUACAAUCCAAAUUGCAAGCGAUAUUUAUGUAAAAAGAGCCAGAAUUACUUUGUCAA